GCGGCCAGGGACCCCGCGGGACUCGCUCCGCCGGCAGCCGCCUCGCCCUGGCCCCGCGGCUGGAGCCCGAGCGCCGCAGGGUCGCGCCCCGCGGAGGGGGCCGCUCGCGGCCGGGAGAGCCCGGUGCGCGGCGCUGCGGGAAGAUGCCCGCUGACGUGAUGGAGAAAAACGCCUCGCCGGUGGCGGCCACCCCGGCCAGCGUCAACGCGACGCCGGACAAGCCCAAGACCGCGUCCGAGCACCGCAAGGUAAAGGCGGGGGGUCCCCGCGGGGCUGGGGGGCUCGGCCCGGGUGCCUGCGGGGGGUCGAGCCUGGGCACUCACCGCUCGCCCUCUCCGCAGUCCUCCAAGCCCAUCAUGGAGAAGAGGCGACGGGCGAGAAUCAACGAGAGCCUGAGCCAGCUGAAAACCCUCAUCCUGGACGCCCUCAAGAAAGACAGCUCGCGGCACUCCAAGCUGGAGAAGGCCGACAUCCUGGAGAUGACCGUGAAGCAUCUCCGGAACCUGCAGCGUGCCCAGAUGACGGCUGCUCUCAGCACAGACCCCACAGUGCUGGGCAAGUACCGGGCCGGCUUCAGCGAGUGCAUGAACGAGGUGACCCGCUUCCUCUCCACCUGCGAGGGGGUGAACACCGAGGUGCGCACCCGGCUGCUGGGGCACCUGGCCAGCUGCAUGACCCAGAUCAAUGCCAUGAACUACCCAGCACAGCCACCGCCACUGCCCCCACCCGGGGCUCCGCACGCCUCCUUCGGGCAGCCACUGGUGCAGAUCCCCGCGGGAGCAGCACCCCCAGGCGGUGGAGUGGUGCCGCUCAGCGGGAUGCCUUGCAAGUUGGGGAGCCCGGCAGGGGAGGCCACCAAGGUGUACAGCGGCUUCCAGCUGGUGCCUGCCUCAGACGGCCAGUUUGCCUUUCUCAUCCCCAACACCUUUGCGCCUGGCGGGGCCGUGGUGCCACUGUAUCCCAGCGGGGGCCCCACUGGCAGGCCUUCCCUCACAGCGGACUCUGUGUGGCGGCCCUGGUGAGCCAGCACCAGUAGCGGGACUCUGGACUAUCAUUACCUGUUCAUAUUGGAUUGUGCCUCUGUACUAUAGCCCCUCCGCGGGGUGGGCCACUCGUGUUUUCCAUGAGAGCUCCCUUGCGCCCUCCCCCCCCCUUUUUUAAUGUGACACCAAAGAUCCUGUCUGAAUGCUCUUACGAUACAAUAAAUGCCUCGCUUCCUUGGGGAAGUUAUUUGACAAUAA